CCAGGUUUUUGGGGCCAAACCAACACUUUGUGCCACUCAUCGGUCGCCAAGAACUGAAAAUUGGAACGACCCCAGGCAACUCCGACCAGAGCGAAGAGCGCAAAGAGCGCAAAGAGCGCAAAGAGCGCAGAGCCUGUUGAAAGUAUUUUUUUGUUCAAUUUCCAUCAUUUCAGUACUGCUUUGCACUUGCGUGCAUACUAGCUGGACCCUUCGGAACAGACUCUGAACAACCCAUCAACCACCUCGAUUUGGCUUGAAGUGCCACCUGGGCCUACCAUUCGUAGAACCAGACCUUUGCCGCAGAGCUGCGAUGCAAUGACAUGUUUCGGCGACCUGGGUGUCCUCCUGGGUCUGAGCAUUUUGCUGCUUGGGUUCGAGCUUUACACGUUUUCUGGGGUUGCCGUAUAUAUAUUAUAUACAGUAUAUGUUUGGGAAUAGUAGUUCCUUUUGGAAGAUGGAUCUUGGUUGUGGGCCACACUUCAUUCUAGUACUGUAACGAUGUAAUGGUUUGAGUUUGAGGAUCUUGAACGAAGAUUGGAGGGUGCCCGACAGAGCAGACCGUGCGGAAGAGCGUUUUUUUAGCUAGGCUGGAUUCACAGACGAGGCGACGGUAAGAUACUCGUAACUUGUUCAUGCUUCCAAUGAUCACCCUACCUCUCACAAAUCAAAGUGACUUGUUUCCCUUUGUACAUGCUGGUUCGUGUGACAUCUGUACUGUGGGCUGUGGGUGUAAGAUGAGGUCGUGCAAUGUAUGAUUCUGCUCCAAGUGAACAGGGUGAUUUGCCACUGAGGUGGUCGCGGGUCGAGGCUUCUUGGAGGAGGAAGAGACAGAAGCGCUUGGAUCUCUUGCAAGACCUGGCACGUCGGGUCUUGGGCCGAGAAUUAGUGUCUGGAGGGGGACCUGAAAGCUACGAGAAUACCGUGGCGGAGAGUGUGCUGCGUGCAGUGCGGCAGUACCAGGACCAGCGGCCUAGAUCCGAGCGCUGUGCCCCACCGACCUUCGGAGAAUGCUGUGCUGUGACGCCGGGAUUGAGUGCGGUGCGGUCCUUGAGCAGCUCAGCGGGAGGUUUGCUCAGCCCAAUGCUGCAACACGCCGGCCUGGUGAAGGAUGAGGUGGACGUUGACCCAGAGGACUUACUGUGUGAGGAUGUGAGGUGCUGGCUGAGUUCUACCAGCCGCGGGGAGCUGGAGCGGCACCUGGGCUUCUACCGGCAAGUGCUCAUGCGCCCGGAGGUCUUCGCAGAAGACCCUCGGUUCUUUCACUUGUUGGUCUUCUUGUGUGAGCGGUUGGAAGAGCUUUUAGGCCGUUUGUCUGUGACGUCUAGAGACUGCGCCACACAGCUGGCGAAGGUGAUCUCAAUUGGCAAAGAGCUGCUGGAUGGGUUGCUGCCAGUGCUUUUGCUGUCCAUUUGUGAUUUGUUGGACGGCCCCACGCCGUUGCUGAGCAUUGAAACCCUCCUGAGCUCCAUCGAGACACCGAUCGACGGCUUUGCCAAGCUUUGGGACCUGGAUUGUGGUCGAAUCCUCUACGAGCUGCUCCGGUCCCAGCACUUCCGGGACUUCUGGGAGCUCCGAAGCGACCGAGGCGACCGAGGCCAGACAAAGUUGCUGGACCUUUGGCUGGAGUUGCGGCACUCCUGGGUGGACGCGCUGGAUGAGGGUGAAGACUUGGCACUGGGCAGUGGUAUCCACCAACUCUUUCGCUCCAAGUCCUCCAGGGAGGUGCAACAACAAUACCUCGAUCUCUACAAGCAGCUGGACAACUUGAUCAAGUUCCUUUCGAUGGUGGCACACUAUCGGAGGCUGGCAAACAUUGCCGGCGAUGCUGCCAUGUACCACUUGCGCAGCACACUCCACCACCUCCUGCAAGAGAUCGAGAUCGCAGUGGCGAACACCUUGGCAUUGGUGUCGCGCAUCAUGGAGGAAGUUCGGCGAACUGUCAUGAACAUCACGUCUGGCAACGCCAAAGGUGCGACUGGCCGGACAUUGACGUGGUUGGGAAGGCUUCAAAUGAUUGAUGAACUUUCCGUGGCCAGGUCGGCUACUUCGUUGUUGGAGGCAAUCCAGGAAUUGAGGUUUCUUAGUUCCGAUUCCCGCUUGCCCGAACUUCGCAAAUCGUGUCAACAAAGUUUGCAACAAAUUUGCGAGAUUACUGCAUCUGUGGAAUUUCGAUCGCGAUGUGCCGAGGUUCCGCCAACAGCGCUGUUGGCACCGGAUGUGUUUGUAGGCGACGAUGUGGAGUCACCCAAAGAGGAUCAGAAAUUGGAGAUCUUCGAGGGCGGAGACGCCUCCCUUCAAGUGGCGGAGGUAGCUGGUGCUCGGAUUGGUCCCCCGGCACACAUGGAAGCUGCUGCCGCACAACCUUUGGAGGCCCUGCGCCAGCCUCUACCUCCGUCAGAGGCCAGCCGGAGUACUCCACCUUCAGAGCUGCAAGGAAAGAAGUGCCAGCAGGAUGAACAGGACCGUUUCUACGAACUUUUCUUUGCGGCCGUCCUGCCACUUCUGGGCGAUGGAACCUCUAUUAGCAUAGAGCAGGCCACAAGCCUUCUACAAAAGGGAGGCUUGUCCGAGCAACAGCAGCAAGAGGCCUUUGAAUCCGUUGGUGCUGAACAGGACUUGGAAAGUGAAGAACUUCGAAGAGUCCUGGAGCGGAUGGCGCGUGUGCAAGAUGGUGACCAGGCCAGUGGCGCUGGUGCCCCACGUCGGAUCCCCUGGAUUCACGGGCUGCUUUGGGACGGCCGGCGGCUGCGGAUUGGAGAAGGUUUCUAUGCACCGUGAGGAUGCCUCUUUCUCCAAUUCAGAACAGUAUCGAUGCCGUGGUCUUACCCAGCGGAUAGAGAAAAGAUGCCGGAGCUGUGAGCUGGGGUUGGAGAGCCAACAAUCGGCUCCUGUUUGAGCAUCAGAUAGCUCAGAAUCAGUCGC